AUGUUCUUGGUUACUCUUUCUCCUUCAAUCUUCUGUUUCUCCAUCUUUGUCUUUCGCAGUGUUCUCUUUUCAUCAGGCAUACCUAAUCAUAAAUUAAAACUUAAGGUUGGUACUCCAAUCAUGCUGAUACAGAAUUUGGACCAGGCUGAUGGAUUGUGCAAUGGAACUAGGCUUAUUAUCACCAAACUUGGUUCUAAUGUGGUUGAGUCCAAAGUCAUUACUGGGCCUAAUACUGGAAAUAGAACAUACAUACCUAGAAUAAAUAUGUCUUCAUCUGAUUCUCUACGACCAUUCAAACUUACUAGGAGACAAUGUCCGUUUAUAGUUUCUUAUGCUAUGACUAUAAACAAGUCUCAGAGACAAUCAUUGGAACACAUAGGACUGUAUUUGCCACACCCAAUUUUUAGCCAUGGCCAAUUAUAUGUUGCCCUUUCAAGAGUUAAAAGCAAAAAAGGACUACAUAUUCUUAUUCAUGAAAAUCAAGGUAUUCCAAAAAAUCUUACCACUAAUGUUGUUUACAAGGAAGUAUUUGUCAAUUUAUAA